AUUCCCAGCUUCCGGGGUAAACGGAAGACAUCAGAAAGAGCACAUCGAAUGAGAAAGACGCUAAUAAGUCAGUCCUAUUAUUUUUUCUCCAGUUUGAAAUAUUUACGUCGUAUAAAAUACAUAUUUGAUUCUUUAUUUAAGGAUAAAGUGGUCUCGAUGCGCUAGAAGCACUGUGCUGCUUCUCGUGCUAUCUUUGCUUGUUAGUUAGCUUAGCUCGCUAGUUAGCUUAGCUUGUUAGCUGCUAACAGAAGACACAGAAGUUAUCAACACAUCGCUAAGUAGAGAUCAAGUGUGAGAGUAAAGUGUUGUGAUUGUGUGAAAAUGUCUACAUUACAAAUGUUGAGAGCGUUGGUGGAUCAGCGACUAACUGCUGCCGUUGAAGAAAUAUUUGUAGUGUUAGAAAGAACGAUAGCAGAAUACCAGGCGGAACUUUCUAGAACAAAAGAGGAGAACAAUCAACUACUGGACGCUGUUUUCAAGAAACAUCAAGUUGUGUUACACAGAACAGAUGUCGAAGAACAUAUUUUUCGUGAGCAGGAAGAGGAACCACAGUCCCCCCACAUUAAAGAGGAAGUUGAGACGCCACAGACCCAUAGUGUUAAACUGACCCUUCACAUUAAAGGGCAAGCGGAGGACCCACUGAACUUACACAUCAAAAAUAAAGAGGAGGACCCACUGACCCCUCACAUUAAACAGGAAGAGGAGUACCCACUGACCCCUUACUUCAAAGAGGAAGAGGAGGACCAAGAGCCGCCGCAGAUUAAAGAGGAAGAGGAGGAAGAGGGCAUCAGUCAGCCUAAAUGGUUGGAGGAGUUCCCAGUGACUGGUGUCCCUGUGAAGAGUGAAGAUGAUGAGGUGAAAGGUGAAAGUGAGGAGAGGGGAGGGGGGGAGCCUCCAAGCAGCAGCUCAACACAACACAUGACAACAGAAGCUGAUGGAGACCACUGUGGAGGAUCACAAGCAGACAAGCUCUUAGCUCCACUAUCAGAUAGUGAGGACACAACGUCACACUCUCCUGACACUGAUGAUGAAGACUCUAAAGAUGAUAAGACAUGUCACACUGACAACACUCACUUCACAUCUUCUCACUCUCACAAAACCUUUAAAUACCAUAGUCUUCUGAAAACCCACAUGAGAACACACACUGGAGAAAAACCUUUUUCUUGUUCACUCUGUAGUAAAGGUUUUGCACAAAGUCACGAUUUGAAAAGACACAUGAGAACACACACUGGAGAAAAACCUUUUUCUUGUUCAAUAUGUGGUAAAGGUUUUACACAACGUCAAAAUUUGAAAGUACACAUGAGAACACACUCUGGUGAAAAAAACGUUUCUUGUUCAAUCUGUGGUAAAGGUUUUGCACAAAGUAAUAAUUUGAAAAGACACAAGAGAACACACACUGGAGAAAAACCUUUUUCCUGUUUGACCUGUGGUAAAGGUUUUACAAGAAGUACAUAUGCGAAAGUACACACGAGAACACACACUGGUGAAAAAUCACAUUCCUGUUCAAUCUGCAACAGAAGCUUUGGUGAACGUUCAAAGCUUGAAAGACACACGAGAAGACACCCAGGAGAGAAAGUGUUGAGUUGCAGUGUGUGUGGUGAAAGAUUGUCUUCUAAGUACCAGUGUAAGAAACACAAGUGUGCAUCUGAAACAUCUUCUGGACCACUUCAGGAAGCAUAUUAUUAUUUACUUUAUACAUCAUUUGAACAGUUGUCUUUUAUACAAUUUUAAAAUGUGUGACUUUAUGAAUCAUUUGUUGGGUCUCUAUAAUCCAUUUUAUUAAUCAUCUUUACUACUCUCUUUUGUAAUAUGAUGAUUGUGUUGUGAUUUUUUUAUACUUUAACUUAAUAUGUAUGUACUUGUACGUUUAUGCAAUAAAAAGUGAGAGAAAA